AUGGAGCAAACAUACAGCUAUUCGAGUCUCAAAGAAGGUCAGAUCCGCGUCCUGGUACUCGAACCUGGCAGCGAGGAUGCGCCUCUGGCGGGGAAUCUCAUUCCCGUUGGGCUGAGUGAGCUACGAGCCGGCGCAGAUGCUGUAGCAGCUGGCGACACAUCCAUUCUUCGCCUUGAGGAUGGCAAACCUAGAACGUUUGAGGCCCUCUCCUAUGUCUGGCAGUCGAGUCAGGCGGCCGCCAUCCUCACCACGUCCCAUGGCAGCCUGCCCAUUACCACAUCUCUCUCUUCCAGUCUUCGCCGACUCCGCCUGCCAGACUCACCCCGAGUGCUAUGGGCCGAUGCCAUCUGCAUCCACCAGGCCAACUUGAAGGAGAAGUCCUGCCAGGUCGCCCUGAUGGGCGAGAUAUACGGCACCGCGACCCGCGUUGUCUGCGACCUGGGUGACGCCACCGACGACAGCGACUUGGCCCUUGACAUCAUGGACCGCUACUGGAGAAAGUACCUGCGCACAGGCAUCGCCACAUCAGAGUACAGCGUAUUCAAGGGCGAGGACUCAGCAGACAUGUUGGGCCUACCUCUCUUGACCGCGGAGGAAGCCGCCGCGAUCCAAGAUGUCCCCGACCCCGAAAGUCCAGGGCUGAUCGCCGUCCGCAGCUUCCACAAGCGGCCCUGGUUUGGCCGCCUCUGGGUUGUGCAGGAGUUUAUCCUUGCGCGCAGCGUCGUCAUGAUGUGCGGCAAGCGCGAGAUCCCCUGGCAACAGGUACUGGCAGCCUUUCUGCCGUACCAAGGCCGGGGAUUCCCCUUCUCGGACCCUUCAAAAUCACUCGAGGACAUUCUCACAGGUUUCUUGAAGUUCAUCCUCAUGGGGCUCAUGCGCCUCGACCGCACGCUACCUAGCGGAACCCCGGGCCGCAGGCGCCUCGACCAUUACAUCCACCAUUUCUCCAACGGCCAAAUCUCGAACUGGAGCUCUCUCUCGUUUGCGCUUCUCAGCUUCACGUCAUCCGAGACGGCGGUCGAGCGCGACCGGUAUUUUGCCGUGCUGUCCAUGACCGACUCCGCCAAGGAGCCCUGUCUCUUCCCAGACUACCAAUCACCCAUCGAGGAGAUCAUUUUGCGAUAUGGCAGAUACCUCAUGGAGAAGUCCACCAUGCGAGAAGAGAUGCUCCUGUGCACAGGCUUGCCCGGGCGGAUCAGGAAACAUCCAUCGUGGAUCCGCGACUUCACAACGGGCAACCUCUGGGAUUCUCUCUGGUUGAUCGGCCCCCUGUCAACUAUAAGCUAUUGCGCAGCAGGCAAGACGCAGUGGUGGCAGAAGUUGGACGACAAGGACCCGAACCUGCUAUACAUCAUUGGCUACAAGCUCGACACGAUCACGCGACGAGAGGAGAGCACAAGGCGGAACAAGGCCCUCUCCUCCGACGACAUGAUCCCGCAUCUUCGGAACCAGCUGCAGUUCUUCCUAGCGGGCCAUCACACCCGCACCUUCCACCAUGCCGAGACCGACGGCCGGUACCCGGCCACGGGCGAGACGCUGGUCGACGCACUGUGGCAGACAGUCACGUCGGCCUCGGCGAGGGACUGGGACGACGCCCUGAUGAAGCGCGCGAGCGACGGGUACGACGUCGCGCAGCUGUUCGUCCUCGGCACCGAGAUGGGCCGCGGGCUCCAGGCGGUGCUGGACGCCUUUGCCAGGCAGCGCGGGCUCGAGGGGGACGGCGAGCCGCUGGCGCUCUUCUCCGAGCUGGGCGGCCUGCUCAUGCGGACGUGGGGCAUGGCGUACGCGGUGACGGCACGGGGUUACUUUGGCGUCGUCGAGACGGCGUCCGAGGUCGGCGACGAGGUGUGGGUGCUCAAGGGCCUGCGGAUUCCCGUCGUGCUGCGGCCGAGCCGGACACGGCCGGGCAUGUACGAGAUGGUGGCCGGGUGCUACGUGCACGGGUUCAUGUACGGCGCCGCGCUGGAGCGGCCUGAUUUCAAGUGGAGGGCCAUAACACUGCACUAG